AUGUUACUGCUACUACUUACAGGGAUGAAUCUGUCCGUGAUGCAUUUAUACGUGGUCUCCGGUCAAUCCGUAAUACGUGCCAGACUGCUUGAAAAUGAUACGCUAACUCUCAAGAAGGCUACUCAAUGUGCUAGAGCCUUAGAACAGGCUCACUUUCGUGCUGAAUCAUACGCUUCUCAGAUUGGAUCAGCCGCUGCUACUACCACUAGGACUAAAAAUGUGUUUGCUGAUUCUGCCGAUGAGGCCACUUCCACUACUAUCACUAAAAAUAUGCUUUCCGACUUAACUGAUUCUCGUGCGGAGUAUGACUCUGUACAAUUGUCUGCUGCCCUUGCUCGUGGCAAGUGCUACAACUGCGGAGGGAAACGUCACUUUAAGGAUAAUCGUCGCUAUUGUCCUGCCCGUGAUAAGAUAUGUCGAAACUGUGGCAAACUCGGUCAUUUUUCUAAAGUUUGCCGUUCUACCAUGCCGGCACCUUCACGUUCUACCUCAACUAUUAUAGUAGCCCGUGCUAAAGACGAUGAUAGGUCUCCUCCAGUCACUAAAACUUUAGAAUUAAGGAAAGAGAUUAACUGCCCUCAUAGACACGGGUAG